AAAUCUGCUGGCAUUGUGGGACUGCUUCAGGACUGCAGAACGUCAACUUGCUUCGUGUGUCCUGGGCAGAUGUGGGGCAGGUGACAGCUCCGUGACCUACCGCCAUGGAUGCAGACUUUCUGAUGAAGGAACCUACACAGUCGAUGCCAGCCAGGGUGAUUUGGCUUCUCAAAGGUUUUGACAAAACCUGCUCUAUUCCCUUUGGAGAAUCCGAAUGAGGGAGAUCACAGACACCUUCACUGGGAAGCCAAGGACAUUUCUGUAUAAUCAGUGGAUGAAAGGAUUUUCUCAGACUCUCUUUUUCCCUUUUCCCUGAGGAUUAACACAACACAAUCUACAGUUCCAGUGAAAACUGCAAGGCACACGGUGUGGCAGGCGCCUGGGGCGCCUUCAGAAUUGUUCUGGACCCUUCCUUUAUCGUAGGGGAGUUUGAACGCAUGCUGCCACGCCUCCCCUCUGCCCUCCAACGCCCUCCUGAUCUCUUUAAUCUGUUCUCAUUUUCUGAGUUAACUUUUAUUUCCAAAAGGGUUUUCUGGAGCUAUAAGUGGAUUGCCAGAAAUGAGAGGUUAGGAGCUCGGAGAGGAGGAAGCGACCUGUGUUGUGUCUUCUCGCGACUGCCGACAUGAAGUGCUUUUUCCCAGUGCUGAGCUGUCUGGCGGUGCUGGGUGUGGCGUCAGCACAGCGGCAGGUCACCGUUCAGGAAGGACCCUUGUAUCGCACAGAGGGCUCCCAUAUCACCAUCUGGUGCAAUGUGAGUGGCUACAAGGGACCUUCUGAGCAGGAUUUCCAGUGGUCCAUAUACCUGCCCUCUGCCCCGGAGCGUGAGGUGCAGAUCGUUAGCACUGUGGACUCCUCCUUCCCUUACGCCAUUUACACCCAACGCGUCCGUGGUGGGAAGAUCUAUGUGGAAAGAGUUCAAGGGAACUCAUCCUUGUUGCACAUCACGGAUCUCCAGGCCCGGGAUGCCGGCGAGUACGAGUGCCACACGCCCAACACUGAUGGGCCAUACUUUGGGAGUUACAGUGCGAAGAUGAACCUAGUGGUGAUCCCAGACUCCCUGCAGACCACCGCCAUGCCCCAGACCCUGCACAAAGUGGAGCAGGACCCACUGGAGCUCACUUGUGAGGUGGCCACGGAGACAUUCCAGCAUAGCCACUUGUCUGUGGCCUGGCUCCGGCAGAAAGGUGGUGAGAAGCCUGUGGAGGUCAUUUCCCUGAGCCGAGAUUUCGUGCUGCACUCCAGCAGCGAAUAUGCCCAGAGGCAGAACUUGGGGGAGGUGCGGCUGGACAAGCUGGGGAGUACCACCUUCCGCCUCACCAUCUUCCACCUGCAGCCCUCCGACCAGGGCGAGUUCUACUGUGAGGCUGCUGAGUGGAUCCAGGAUCCGGAUGGGUCGUGGUAUGCCAUGACCCGAAAGCGUUCGGAGGGAGCCGUGGUCAACAUCCAACCCACUGACAAAGAGUUCACUGUUCGGCUGGAAACAGACAAGCGGGUGCACACAGUAGGUGAGCAGGUGGAGUUCAGAUGCAUCCUGGAGGCUCAGAACAUUCCUGACCGCUACUUUGCCGUCUCCUGGGCCUUCAACAGCUCACUCAUCGCCAGCAUGGGACCUAAUGCUGUGCCAGUCCUCAACAGCGAAUUUGCCCACCGUGAAGCCAAGGGACAGCUUAAAGUGGCCAAAGAGAGUGACAGUAUCUUUGUGCUGAAAAUCUACCACCUCCGCCAGGAAGAUAGUGGGAAAUACAACUGUCGUGUGACCGAGCGAGAGAAAACGGUUACUGGGGAAUUCAUCGACAAGGAGAGCAAGCGUCCCAAGAACAUCCCCAUCGUAGUCCUCCCCCUCACAGAUAACUGGGUAGUUAAAGUCCCCCAGCACCACCAGAUCCUGUCCCAAGGCCACUUGGAGAGCAGCAUCUCCGUGGAGGUAGCCAGCAAUGCCAGCGUCAUCCUGGAAGGUGAGGACCUGCACUUCUCCUGCAGUGUCCGCACGGCAGUCCGGCCACAGGGCCGCUUCUCUGUCAUCUGGCAGCUUGUGGACAGGCAGAACCGCCGCAGCAAUAUCAUGUGGCUAGACCGGGAUGGCACCGUGCAGCCAGGCUCGUCAUACUGGGAGCGCAGCAGCUUCGGGGGCAUCCAGAUGGAGCAGGUGCAGCCCAACUCAUUCAGCCUGGGCAUCUUCAACAGCAGGAAGGAGGACGAGGGCCAGUACGAAUGCCAUGUGACCGAGUGGGUGCGGGCAGUGGAUGGCGAGUGGCAGAUCGUGGGGGAGCGCCGGGCCAGCACUCCCAUCUCCAUCACGGCUCUCGAAACGGGCUUUGCAGUCACAGCUGUCUCCCGCACACCGGGAGUGACCUACAGUGACUCCUUUGACUUGCAGUGCAUCAUCAAACCCCACUACCCGGCCCACGUCCCUGUGUCAGUGACAUGGCGGUUCCAGCCAGUGGGCACCGUCGAAUUCCAUGACCUGGUGACCUUCACCCGGGAUGGAGGGGUCCAGUGGGGGGACAGAUCCUCUACCUUCCGAACCCGCACUGCCAUCGAGAAGGCCGAGUUCAGCAACAAUGUCCGCCUAAGCAUCAGCCGGGCCAGCGACACAGAGGCGGGCAAGUACCAGUGUGUGGCAGAGCUGUGGCGGAAGAACUACAACAACACCUGGACGCGGCUGGCGGAAAGGACCUCCAACCUGCUGGAGAUUAGGGUGCUGCAGCCAGUGACAAAGCUACAGGUGAGCAAAUCGAAGAGGACCCUCACCCUGGUGGAAAACAGGCCCAUUCAGUUGAACUGCUCAGUGAAGUCUCAGACCAGCCAGAACUCUCACUUUGCUGUGCUCUGGUAUGUCCACAAGCCCUCAGACGCUGACGGCAAGCUCAUCCUCAAGACCACCCACAACUCUGCUUUUGAGUACGGCACCUAUGCCGAGGAGGAGGGCCUGAGAGCCAGGCUCCAGUUUGAGAGGCACGUAUCCGGGGGCCUGUUCAGUCUCACCGUUCAGAGAGCUGAGGUCAGCGACAGUGGCAGUUACUACUGCCACGUGGAGGAGUGGCUGCUGAGCCCCAACUAUGCCUGGUACAAGCUGGCAGAGGAGGUCUCAGGGCGCACGGAAGUCACUGUGAAGCAGCCAGACAGCCGCCUGAAGCUCAGCCAAGCCCAGGGGAACCUGUCGGUUCUGGAAACCCAGCAGGUGCAGCUGGAGUGUGUGGUCCUGAAUCGCACCAGCGUGGCCUCCCAGCUCAUGGUGGAGUGGUUUGUUUGGAAGCCCAACCACCCAGAGCGGGAGACUGUGGCCCGCCUCAGCCGUGAGGCCACUUUCCACUAUGGAGAGCAGGCGGCCAAAAACAACCUGAAGGGGCGGCUGCAUUUGGAGAGUCCUUCCUCAGGCGUGUUCCGGCUCUUCAUCCAGAACAUGGCUGUGCAGGACAGCGGAACCUACAGCUGCCACGUGGAGGAGUGGCUGCCCAGCCCCAGCGGCGUGUGGUAUAAGCGGGCGGAGGACACGGCUGGGCAAAUAGCUGUUACAGUCAUGCGACCAGAUGCUGCCCUACAGGUGGACACAGUGGUCCCCAAUGCCACAGUGUCUGAGAAGGCAGCUUUCCAGCUGGACUGUAGUAUUGCAUCUCGUUCAAGCCAGGACUCCCGCUUUGCUGUGGCCUGGUAUUCCCUGAGGACUAAAGCUGGAGGGAAAAGGGUCAGCCCUGGCUUAGAAGAACAGGAGGAGGAAAGGGAGGAGGAGGAGGAGGAGGAAGAUGACGACCCAACAGAGCGGAUGGUCCUGCUGAGUGUGGGCCCAGAUGCUGUCUUUGGCCCAGAGGGCACCCCCUGGGAAGGCAGGCUUCGCUUCCAGAGGCUUUCCCCAGUGCUCUACCGGCUCACAGUGCUGCAGGCAAGCCCCCAUGACACGGGCAACUACUCCUGCCGUGUGGAAGAGUGGCUACCCAGCCCUCAGAAGGAAUGGUACCGCCUGACAGAGGAGGAGUCGGCCCCCAUCGGCAUCCGUGUUCUGGACACAAGUCCCACCCUCCAGUCCAUCAUCUGCUCCAACGAUGCACUCUUCUACUUCGUCUUCUUCUACCCUUUCCCCAUCUUUGGUAUCCUCAUCAUCACUAUCCUGCUGGUGCGCUUCAAGAGCCGGAACUCCAGCAAGAACUCUGACGGGAAGAAUGGGGUGCCCUUGUUGUGGAUCAAAGAGCCGCACCUCAACUACUCACCAACUUGCCUGGAGCCCCCUGUUCUCAGUAUCCACCCAGGGGCCAUAGACUAAGGGGGACGUCCCAACAGACAUUGGUCACAGAGGAGCUGAGUCUCUCCCUUGCUGCCUCUUGCUGUGUGAUUGGACAUUGACAGCACACCCAGACUCUGGAGUGCCCCAGGCAGAAAACUGUCAGACUUGAGAAGUGUUCAAAGUUCCCGGUCAGUCACGGAGACGGACCGCCUCUAGGGAGCGGUCUUAGUUAGCAAUUUGCGUGCAAAUGUUGUGACCCUGCCCUUACAGUUUUCUUGUUUUUGUUUUUGGUAAUGUAGUAAGUAGCUCCAGGUGCCUCAUCUACUCACUGAUUUAUCUAGUAUUUUCAGAUAGAUGUUACAGGGGUUCCUAUUCUUUGUAAUGUACUUUUUAAAAAUCCCUUUGGUUUACCCUUUUUGGAUUCUGUAAUGUUGUGGAUAGAUUUUUCUUACAUACAACUGAUGGCAAAAGGAAGGAUGAACUUUAUAGCAACAAGGAAUCUCUUCUAAGACUCUUUUUUUUUUGCACAUUUGAAAAUGCCACCUAUGAAUCAAAAUACACCCAAACAUUUUUUACUUUCUUAAAGAGACUUGAAAAUUGUGUGUAGUGCGGGCACAAUUUGUACCUUAUCUUUUUCCUCAGCUGGAGUUGUUGGAAUCACUUUGUAGUCAAGAUGAAAGCAUUGAAUUUUGCUUCAAAGAACUGUGUAUGUACAAGAGAAAUCCUGCAUAACCCCAGUAGGAGUAGAGGAUGCCUGGCACGCUUAUCAGGAAGGCAAAAAAGGCUUCAUCCCAUCCUUGCCAAAAAAUAAGGAAACUGUCCUGGAGGAUGGGUCAGAAGCUCCAAACAGCACACACUUUCCAAGCUUAAGUGGGUGGAGGGCUGCUUUUCACAGCUACUGACUUUCACAUUGAUCAGAACCAAUGACUAGAGAUGGAAGGAAGAAAAGGCUGGCUGUUGGCUUGAUCUGGUCCACAAGGGCACUGUCUAACUGAUGACUGCGAGCAGGAGGGCUUUUGUAUUCAGGUGCUUUGCCAACUCUUAAGGGAAAGUCCCCAGUGGGCCUGGACGGGGGACAGCUCUGAGCUGAGCACAGGGCCAAAGCAGUCACCACAGAUACCCAGUGGAGGGCACAGGGCUGGCCGACACUAAGUUUGGUGAAGAGUGGGAGAGUGAGGGGCAGGAGGGGGUUUCCAGGGCCUGACGAUGGAAAGCAUGGAGGAAUAACUACCUCUCUGGAGGUGUGAAGACUAGGUUUUUCUUCCUUACAAUUAGGUUUUCCUCAAAGAUAUUUAUGUCUUCCUUAUUCACAAUUUAUCUCUCCCUCCCUCUCACUACCAUAAGAAUAUCUGCUUGGGGGAAGUCCAGACCCAGCCCUUUGCAGUCCGUUGGGUUUACCUAGUCUCAGUAGACAGCAUGUGUUGUCUGGGGGGGUUUUCUGCUUCCCUUUCUUGGGUCUUUUUUGUGGUUUUAGGUUAUUUGGUUUUUGUUAUGGUGGCUUUUUAUUUUAAUGUCCCUUAAGCCCAACAAGGGUCUGUGUCACCAUGUUAUUUUACACUAUUGGCCAAAUGCUUGGCACUGUUGGUGCAUCAUUGGUUGCAAAUGAUUCCUUUGGCUCACUCCAUGGAGAUGUUUUUACACCCUUGCUUGCCGAUAUUUUGCUGGCGAAGUGUGCCAUCUCCCUCCCUCUGGGAAAUCACAUCUUGAGUCCCAAGAAGAGUCCCAAAUUGGAAAAAGCCACCAGGGAUUCUGGAACUAAGUCUAACGAGCAAUUCCUGUGAAGCCCUGGUCUGAUAAUGAGCAGACUCCAGGGGAGGCUGUGGGAUUCCCCAGGCCAUGUGGGCGCUGUUCCUGAUCAUGGGUCUGCAGGUGUGCCAGCGGCUCGGGCUGCUUGGCAGGUGCUUUGUUGGGCCAUGGCUGAGAGGAAGCAAGGUAACUGCUCAGUUAUUUUCUGACAGGCUUCCAUGGACCUGCCUUUUUUCCUCCCAGAUACACCAGUACUCUCCUAUGAGACAGUUUGCAGGCACUGCCACCUUAAUCCCACUGUUGCCUGACACGCUGAUUCUCAUUUAUUAUGCUGCAUCAACACAUUUGAGGUACAGAAUUGGCUCAGCUGUGAAGAAAGAAGGUCUUUUGCCCCAUUUCUCCAUUUCACGGAUGUGGGCUUUCACUGAAAAAUUGCUGACUCGUAACUUAAAGGCUGAGUCAAUGAGGAAAGAUGACUGACUUUUCUUCUGUCUGAAUGGAAAGAUGCCAGAGGGGUGGCUGGAACUAGGAUUGUAACUAAAAUUUCAGUUUGAAUUGGUUCACAGCAGUAAAAAGUGGGUUCUGUGCGUUAUUAAAUACGUGAAGCAGUUGCAGGACAUUUGAAAGGAAAAAAGAAACCGAAGCCAGUAUUUUAAUAAAUGCUUUCUUGUGUAUUUUCUGUUGGUCUGGGGGAUACCAUCAAAGGUUGAGCUUUUCCAGCUUUGUAUGAAAAACUCCAGGACCUUCUUUCUUUGGCCAUUUCUAUGGAAAUGUGGUGUCAAAUGAAUGGUAAUGGUUCCCUCCAGUGGCUGCAAGACCUCAUUGCACAUUGUCUACCGGAGCUUCAGUCCUGUGAGACCAAGAGAGGAAAACUGCAGAAUACUGUCUUAUCUGUGUCUACAAUGUUGCAUUCAUGAAAAACUACACUGUGCUAGGCGCAUUCCAGGACAUGGAUAUGACUAUACCCUCUUUCACCAGGGUGUUUAUAUAGCAAGUUUUCUUACUCUUUUCAAACAAUGGUUUCUCUGCGUUAAUUGUUGAAGAAAAAAAGAUAUGAGGUAAGGAAAUUACCCAUGCAUGAUGUAGAGAGCUGUUGGUUUUUGUUUUUUUAAAGGAAAACUAUUUGUAAGAUGUUGCACUAAAACAUUUUUUUAAUAUACACUUCAGAGACCUGUAGUAAAUUAUGUUGAAAAUAUGGCUGCUUACAUUU